UCAAGCUGCAGAUGCGUGAGGGAGACUGGGCCCAGAAGGAUAAGCACCUUGCCCCAUUUUGCUCCAUAAAGGAAAGGAGAACAUUGGCUAUCUGCUUCGGGAAAAGGGACCCAAGCCCUGGAUUAAUGUGUAUACAGGCUCGACAAGGGAGCAGAGGAUUCUGGGUUACCUGAAGACCUGGAGUACACGAGUGAACAGGCCCAGCAUUGAGCCUGUGGCACAGGGGAUUGGCAUGGCUCAGACCAGCUUUGUGUCAACUCAUCAUGCCUGCCGGGCUUGAUUGCAGAAAGGAGCCUUCGUCGUACACACGGAACACUACAACACCCCAAAAAUCUAAUUUGCAGUUAUGGCUGUUGAGCUCAACACCCAUUAGGAUUUUUAACAAUACCUGCGAGUGCAUGUUUUGUCAGUGAGAGGGGAUGCUUUUUUCUACAGGCUUAUCUGCCAUGGUAAAGGCAUUGAAAGCAUGAGCCUCUGACUACACAGAGGAGGUCAUCGUCCAAACAAGGAUCAGCUCAGCAAACACUGACCAGGUCAGGACAUCACCGGAAAACCCCCUCGGACAAACUUUUUCCUUUCAGAAAGGAUAAGAACGAUUUCAAGAGGAAAUCUUGAUUGGAUUUUUGGUGGCUGGAACGGAUUAACCACGUGGUCUAAAUCAGGGGCCCUUGAGUGAUUAGACUGCCAGGCAACACAGCUUCAAGAUGGUGCGUCAAUGCAAGGCCUUUAUCCUCUUCCUCAUCAGGGUUGGGCUGCUGUUGGGACUUGCUAACCCCCUGGUGACCUCCGCCUCAUGUCCCUCAGCCUGCCGCUGUGAUGGGACCUUCAUCUACUGUAAUGACCGUGGCCUGACUUCCAUUCCUACUGGUCUGCCACUGGAUGCUACAGUGCUCUUUCUGCAAAACAAUCGCAUCAAGAGUUCAGGCAUUCCUGCAGAGCUCAGCAGGCUGACAAAUGUGGAGAAGAUCUACCUUUACUGUAACAACCUGGAUGAGUUCCCCACUAACCUUCCUCUCGGGCUGAAAGAGCUCCACCUUCAGGAGAACAACGUUCGGAUGAUUACCCAUUCCUCUUUAGCUCAAAUUCCCUACAUUGAGGAACUUCACCUGGAUGAUAACUCGGUAUCAGCAGUCAGCAUAGAGGAGGGGGCCUUUAGGGACAGCAGCCACCUCAGACUGCUUUUUCUCUCCAGAAACCACCUGAGUACGAUCCCUUCAGGCCUACCCAUGAGCAUUGAGGAGCUGCGCUUUGAUGACAACCGCAUCUCCUCCAUUUCAGAGCAGUCGCUGCAAGAUCUCAUCAACCUGAAGCGACUAAUCCUGGAUGGUAACCUGCUCAACAACCGUGGGAUUGGAGAGAUGGCUCUCAUCAACCUGAUCAACCUGACUGAGCUCUCGCUAGUGAGGAACUCCUUGACAUCGCCGCCAGCCAACUUGCCAGGCAACAGUUUGGAGAAGCUGCAGCUACAAGAUAAUCACAUUAAUCGGGUCCCGCCUGGGGCUUUUGCCUUCCUUAGGCAGCUGUAUCGCCUGGACCUGUCUGGCAACAAUCUGAGCAGCCUCCCACAGGGUGUGUUUGAAGAUCUGGACAACCUCACACAGCUCCUGCUACGCAACAACCCAUGGCAAUGCACGUGCGGGAUGAAAUGGGUGCGUGACUGGCUGCGGUCGUUGCCGUCUAAGGUGAAUGUACGUGGCUUCAUGUGCCAGGGUCCUGAUAAGGUCAAAGGCAUGGCAAUUAAAGACCUUACUACAGACAUGUUUGACUGCUCGGAUUCAGAACUCAUCUCCACGUACGAGACAAGCACAGUCUCCAACCCUUUACGCCCCACACAGCCCCAGUGGCCCUCGUUUGUGACUAAAAGGCCUGUAGUAAAAGGGCCUGACAUUGGUAAGAAUUACCACAGCACUACCACCUCUUCGGGCAGAAAGAUCAUCACCAUCAGUGUGAAGUCAAGUAGUGCAGAUGCAAUACACAUAUCAUGGAGGGUUUCACAGCCCAUGACUGCCCUGCGGCUCAGCUGGCUGAAGCUGGGACACAGCCCUGCCUUUGGCUCCAUCACUGAGACCAUUGUGCAGGGGGAGAGGAAGGAGUACCUGCUCACGGCACUGGAGCCAGAGUCUUCCUAUAGGAUAUGCAUGGUUCCCAUGGAGACCAGCAACAUUUACCUGUCAGAUGAGACCCCUGUUUGCAUCGAGACAGAGACUGGUUCUCACAAAUCAUACAACCCGACUACAACUUUAAACAGAGAGCAGGAGAAAGAGCCUUACAAGAAUUCCAGUCUGCCUUUGGCUGCUAUUAUUGGAGGGGCUGUGGCUCUUUUGGCAAUAAUCAUGUUGGCACUGGUGUGUUGGUAUGUCCACAGGAACGGUUCACUUUUUUCCAGAAACUGCACCUACAACAAAGGCCGUCGGAGAAAGGAUGACUAUGCUGAGGCUGGCACAAAGAAGGACACCUCCAUCCUCGAAAUACGAGAGACUUCUUUUCAAAUGAUACCUAUAAAUCACCUGCCCGUGUCCAAGGAGGAAUUUGUGAUACACACAAUUUUCCCACCCAAUGGCCUGACUUUAUACAAAAGCCCACAAAACGAGAACAGUAUCAGCAACAGGAGCUACAGAGACAGUGGAAUACCAGAUUCAGACCAUUCCCAUUCAUGAUGUUGCGCAUGGCCAUUCGUGAUGAGUGUGUGACAUAAACAGAGUGGCAAGACUUUUACAAAACACUGGAUCUAUAAGACUAAGGAAGCAAUGUUCUGUACAUUUGCCAUAUAAUUUAUAUUUAAGGACAUUUUACGAGGACGAAGAACGUUCCAGUUGCAGGCCAUCACUGAACCAUCAGUGGGUAUUGUAACUAACUGCAAUUCUAUAUUUUAGGAAUUUGUAGUAAUUUGUACUGUAUUUCCUUUGCUUAAGGUUAUCGACCAACUAAAAGAAACUCUGUGUUCUACUGAGAUAUGAUGACUUGUCAACUGUGAAAGUGGGUUUUCAUUGCUGUGUUGAACAAUCAGACCUUAGAAAACCUUGUAGUAUAAGCACAGGUCAUUCUUUUAACUUUGUGGCUGUCUGAAAAACAAAAAGGCAAAAAAAUGACAUGACGUAAACCAAGGCACAGCUGAUCGACUAAUUCGCAAAGCAGGCAUGUGGCCCUCAAAAAGAAUGAGCAGUCAGUAGUUGUCUCGACAUAAUGCGGACCAAGAGUCUUACUCUAGUAUUAACCUGGUUGGAGUACGAGUAACUAAAGAUGAGGUGCCAUGCUUUAUUUCUCUGCUUUGUUAUGUGUGAUUUUUCUUUCUAUUUUUGCAAGAAGAGGAAACACAGCAAAGCAACCCAAGCAGGGUUCCAGUGUUUCUGAUAGGAUUGUAGACCACAGCACAGGGCAGAUAAAGCACACCGACCUUAAGGAGCUCUCUGCUCCUCAGAACAAGUAGACUGGACAGGCUGACACAGAGGACCCCCCACUAUCUCUAUUUGUACAAGUCAACAACGGCCAAACGACAAUGGCGGCAUUCUUUAGUACCAUGUACCAUACGUCAUUCUAGUCACCAGGCCGAAAAGACAAAACACGAUAGCUUUCAUUAGAAUUACCACAGUGUCAGCAGCUCCUUGUUAUGAGUAUUAUUUUGUAUUAUUUUCCAAAUGAACACAUUGUUAUGUUUCCACAAUUUGAAGUUAACUGUUCUUAACAAUUGAAAACCAAAGUGCAUUGUAUGCCCUUUGGCCAGUCUUGUAUGUGCCUUGAUCCAAUGCUUAUUGUAUUUAGCUUUUUAAGAAACCAGUGACUUUUUUUCAUACACACUUGAAUAUGAGAAAAUAUUGGUCAUAUUACAGAAUAAAAGUG